AUGAAUAUGGUUUUCCAAAUUUUUCUUGUCCUUUGUUUUUAUAAAAUAAUUUGUUUUUUUCUUGCGGACUAUUAUUCAUACUUUACUGUGAAUAUAGUCAAAUGUGAUAUUCACAUAAUUUAUAAUACAAAGGAAAAGAAAAACAAUAAUGAUAAGAAAUAUGCACAAUUAAAUAACGUUGUCUCUUUGAAUAAACAAAAGAUACAAUCAAACUUAAAUUACAUAAAAGAGAAAAAAACGUUAAGCUAUUUACUCUUAUCAUAUAAUAAUAAGAAAAAUAAAGAAAUAUUAAAAAAAAAAAUAAAACUACAAGAAUAUUAUGAGAAAAAAUAUGACGAAAUAAAUAAAAAAAAUGAAUAUACACAUUAUAAUAUAUAUAAAAUGGAAAAUAAAUAUAAGAACUAUAUAAAUAAAAAGUUUAUGUUCUUAGAAAUAUCUAAGGAAGAAUUAAAUAUUCUAGAUGAAAAUUUGGAAUUACAUGGAAGCAACUUAGAUUUGCCUGUGAAAAAUCCAAAGUUUUCACAAGAUUAUGAUCAUUUUCUUUUUCUAGAAAAAAACAUUACGUGGCAUGAAAUGCCGACUCCACCAAUUUCCUGUAGACAAACAGGUUGCCCUCAUUCAUAUCAAAUAUGCGCACCUAUGUAUGUUGAUAAUAAUAAAUUUGAAAAUACAACUAUUUUUAAGAUCAUUCGAGAAGCCUUAAAUAUUCAAUCCAGAAAAGAAAUAAAAUUUCCAAAUAUUGAUACAUAUGAUUCAUAUGAACUUGUUUAUACGUGCAUCUGCAAGAAGUAUGUUCAAAAUGGUUUCUGUGAUGAAACAGUUGUAUAA